GGAACGCGGAGCCCCCACAAACUCUGCUCUUCUUUCUCCAUUCUUUCUCACUGAGGGAAAGUGUUUGGAGGUGAGUUCGCUCGACUGUUGUCGUUGCCGCUCUCCACCUCGUCUGCGAGAGUGGCUUCUCCGAGCUGCAGCGCACUGGACGAAGACAAAGGAUGGACGGCUUCCCCUUCUUUCGCGUUCUCCCUCUCUUUUUAAUGAGUCGUUCCCUGAGAAGAGAAUUCUUCUGAGAAGGGCAGAGACUGUUCGCUGGACCAGAUGAGUUGCUGCGUCGCUUCCUCGCGGUGAGGCGUGCACCCUCCGAGUUGACUCCAGGGUGAAGUCAUCUUCAAGGCUUCAGGCACUCCGUGCUGUGGCGCUUUCCGUGACGAUGCUUCCUCCCCAAGUCUGCUGAGUCAUCUCCCCUGAAAUCGGACGAUCUGGAACGCUUCUGUGCAGAAGCGGCCACUGCAAGCCGGAUAUUCUUGUUUCGACUGUGCACCCCCUCGCAUCCGUUCACACGAUGCCAAGAGGCAGCCACAGAGGGGGAGUCUUCCCCGUCUCCGGCCUGACCUGGGGCAUGAAUCGGCCCUACCUGAAACGGGGACUCUACCAGCAUCGGAGAGAUCACAUUUUCACACCUCGCUGGGGAACGAGAACGGCAAAUUUUAAUCCAUCUGCUCUGCCUGACGGCAGCACACGGAGAUGGGAGAACGACGCCUUCAAAGCCUGGCCUCUAUACGGCCUUCCUCACCACGUCAAGCUCUACGCAGUGAACGAGGCGAGGUAUCUCGUCCCUGCAGCUCGCUGUACAGCCGGUCCCGAGAUUACUCAGUACAUUCUCAAUCAACUAGAUCCUGGAGGAGCCGGGCGAAACUGCAGUGGCAUCGGGAGACCGGAUGUGCGGCUGCCGCUGGCGAAGCCUGCUGCCCCUUCGACGACUCACCUGCCUCGGCACCUCGUGCAGAUCGCGCGCCAUGUCAUGGGUGAAGCGGGAGAGAAAGUUCGACGCAAGGCUCUCUCGUUUGCGUCGACUCUCUCCGAUCAAGGAUUCUCUCCCGAUGUCUUCGAUCCCUUUGGAACUCCGCUGUCAGAGCGCAGCCGAAUAAAGCGGCUGUACAACCUCGUCUGUGAGGCGGAUUCAUGGAGAGUCAAGCCCGACUCGCGAGGCGGGAAGGGCAGUGUCCCUGCAGAGGCUGUUAAUGCGUUUCCUUUCGUCGACGAGAAGGCUGCACUUGUCCGCGACCUUCCGCUUGCAGAAAUCCUUUAUUCUCGCCACACCCAUCGCCUGCAAAGCCGUCGACAUCCGUUCUGGAUUGACAUGGGCUACAAGAAACGCAUAGUGCGAAUUCCCUACCUCUAUAGGCGUCGUGUGGCGAAGGAAGAAGCUCAGGAAAGAGAGUUUGGUCUCUCCCGCGCGCACGGGUCUCCACUGUGAGGUGGUGCGUUGUGAGAUGGGCGUUUUGCCUUUCUUCUUGCCUUCUCGCGGUCCUUUCCACCGCGACUUCGUUCGGCUUUUCUCUUCUGUCUGGGAAAGAUGCUUCCUGGCUCUUUUGUUGCUUUGGCAUUCCCUGAAAACUCUGGCCUCCGACGAAAUCUGUUCCAGGAGCAGGGUCGACAGUGCAACUAUAACGACGUAAUUAAUAUACAGUCGCGGCAGCAGUGGUUAAACUGUAGAGGACUCGAGUUGUCUCCCCGGCGAACACUCUGAAAAAAAGCACCUAGUAUUU